UGCAGCUAGAGAGCUAGAGAGACUAUGGCGAAAAGCAAGGAUGAUAUAAAAUACGGAGUUGCGCAGGCGAAGCUCUCUGAGGACGAGUCCCUAAGGGUGCGUUACAAGCACGGCACACCUCUUGAAGGUGGCAAGAUUGCGGAUACUGAGCCCGUCGACCUAUUCUCUGCUGCUCGUAGAGUCUCAGAAGCGAAUCCAGAUGCGAAGAGGGACGCCGAUAAAGAUCAAGAGCAAUUUGAGAAGUCCAGGGCCAGAUCGGAGGAGGCAGCCACGUCUCACGGCGAUGGAGGAGGGAUAUGAACAACCCAAUGUUUGAAACUAGCUUUCGCAUUUAUGUAUGUUAUAUAUAAACUAUUUGUAUUCUAUAUAGUAGUAGAAGUGGCACUUUUAUAAUAAGCUGUGGAGAUGUGUGAGAAUGUUAUAUUAAAAUCUAAC